AUCCUGGUUGAAAGACGAUCUUUUUUUUGUUGUAGAGGUUGACUGCUGUCAUCCCCGAGUCCAAGAAGCAAGAACACAACAUCAUCUGAUGAAGUUGGGUUGGAGGAUCAACCAGGAAGUGUCUGCGAAAGUCGGAGCUAAAGAUUUUUGUCUUGAUGCAGAUGGAAGGACUUCCCGAGUCUUCAGUCGUAUCUAAGCAUAGAUUCUUCUUCGUCUUUUCUACUCCAUUCGAAGUUUCACUUCCACAAGAUAUCCAACCUCCAAUCCCCUUCGACAGGACGUGCUCAGAAGUGCGAUGGGGGGGAUAAGAUGGGGAUGGGACGGGAAAGCAGUCGCCGUCCCCACAAGCCGAAUGUGACGCCCACCGCCUGCGAUUGGGCCGUAACCGUGUCCGCUGCCUCGACCGAGACGGAUGAGAUCCACAGUUCCGUCCCUCAAUGUUUCCACCGCCGAGCUGAUACCCGAUGCUGUCCUCUUAGUUCUUCCCCCUGUUCGUCCGUCAUCUCUCUCCCUUGAGGAGCUGGUUCUCGUUCCAAUCCGGUCUCGCGGCUCAUCUACCAUCAAUUCCACUAACCUGAGCUUCUAUGGCUAGCAGACGGAUCCAAAAAGAGCUUCAGGAUCUGCAAAGGGAUCCUCCGGCAUCAUGCAGUGCCGGACCUGUGGGAGAAGACCUGUUUCACUGGCAAGCCACAAUAAUGGGUCCUUCGGACAGUCCCUAUGCCGGGGGAGUUUUCUUUGUUACCAUUCAUUUCCCUCCCGACUAUCCAUUUAAGCCUCCCACGGUCAACUUUCAGACCAAGGUUUACCAUCCGAACAUCAAUUCAAAUGGCAGCAUCUGCCUCGACAUCCUGAAGGAUCAGUGGAGUCCAGCCCUGACCAUAUCGAAGGUGCUCCUCUCCAUCUCCUCUCUGCUCACAGACCCAAACCCGGACGACCCUCUCGUCCCAGAGAUCGCGCACCUGUACAAGAACCAGAGGCCUCGCUACGAAGAGAUGGCAAGAUCAUGGACUCAAAAGCAUGCCAUGGGCUGAUCAGUGGCGAGCUCCGUGCCAAAGAGAAAGGGAGAAGUCUCUGCUAAGUAUCACUGGAGUAAUCCAAGUUCAUGUAUUGUUGUUGUAGAUGCUUAAAGACCACAAAUGAGAUUUCUCUGUAUCGAAACUAAUAUCUUGGAGAAGGAUCAGUUCAAUAUGAUGUGUGGUUUAAGUUCUAAUAAUAUUUGGCAUA